AUGGAGCUAUACUGGAUUUCCAUUUCUAUAUUGAGUUUUUACUUCCACCAUUCCGAUGGCAGUCGGAGUAAUUUCGCAGUUGCUUACGAGAAACCAGAGGCAGUGCUUGCCAGCGUAAGAUCUCAAAUUGAGGAGCUCAAACAGAUCUAUGGAGCGGUAGUCGCACAGAAUAUGACUCAGGAGACUGUGGCCUAUCCGUCAUCCUGCCUGGCUGCCUCCACUAACACAAACGGGGUCCACACCAUAGAAGUUCCCGGACUGGAGCCCUUUCCCGUCUUCUGCGACACUCGAGUGGCGGGAUCGGGCUGGACAGUGAUCCAGCGGCGCCAGGACGGCAGUGAGAACUUCUAUCGCAGUUGGGAGGAGUAUGCCCAGGGCUUUGGCGACUUCAGCGGAGAGUUCUUCAUGGGUCUGGAGCGACUGCACUUCCUGACGGCGGCCGAGCCCUACGAGCUGCUCGUACACCUGGAGGACUUCUAUGGCGGUACCCGUUACGCGAGGUACGAAGACUUUGUGAUUGGCAAUGGCUCCGCCUCGUAUCCGCUUGCGGUUCUGGGCAGGUACUCGGGGGAUGCCGGAGAUUCGUUGAGCUACCACAGGGGGAUGCCGUUCUCCACCUUCGACCACGAUGUUCUGGGCCACGGGUGUGCCAUCACCUACGUGGGGGCCUGGUGGUACGACGAUUGUCAAUUCAGCAACCUGAACGGACAGUACGUGGAUGGGGGUAGGUACGAGGCGAAGCUCUCGGGCCGCGGCAUCUGCUGGAUGACCUGGAUGGGCUACGACUAUGGCUAUAAGGUCAGUCAGAUGAUGAUACGGCCUAAGUGCUCCAAUAGCAUACAAAGGCAUAGGAACAGCAGGCAGAGCCUCAAUUUCAGUUGAAUUCCAGCUCCAAUCGAAUUUGAAUCGUUAUUUUUGGUGAUAAACUUUAUCAGCAUUUACGCUUUUAUUUACAUUUUGAUAA